CUCCUCAGCACCAGGAUGCCCGACACCACACACAGCACCAGCGCCAGGAAGGGCGUGAGGACGGAGAAGACGGCCAUGAUCGAAGAGAGUGGAGGACGCAGCCACUUCACUGUCCACACCACAGUCUGCCGCAGCACCCACUCGACCCGCUCACCCACGCCUCCUCACCAGCCAGUCCAGUCCAGCCCGCCCGCCCGCCCGCCAAUCUACCGCCAUGUCGGCCGCCAGCACCGAGACGAGCGCGCCGCUGCCCACCGCCGGCAGCCGCGUCUUCUUCCAAGCCGCGCCCGGGGUGGGCUGCGUGGGCUCGGCGCCGCUGAGCGGGCCGCCCGACGUCGACCCGGUGCAGAAGAAGCAGGGCAAAGUGACCGUCAAGUACGACCGUAAGGAGCUGAGGAAGAGGCUGGUUCUGGAGGAGUGGAUCAUCGAGCAGCUCAGCGACUUGUACGACUGCGAGGAGGAAGAGAUGCCGGAGGUGGAGAUAGACAUUGAUGAUCUAUUGGAGGUCAACAGUGAUGACGAGAGAGCCAGCAAACUGCAGGAAUCAUUAAUAGACUGUUACAAACCAACAGAGGAUUUUGUCCGCGAGUUGCUGGGCAGGAUAAGAGGAAUGAGGAAACUGAGCGCUCCGUCUAAGAAGGGUCUAUAAUAGCGGGGGAAGCGACGUGGUCUCAUCUCCUCAGCGCCCGACCCGCCCCCACUCCAAUCCAGUACAUCGGUCUUCAAGCAUCCAUCAUGCAUAAUAGACUAUACCCCGACACAAAAACAAACAAGGGUAGUAAACAUUACUGGACUGUUAAAAAAAAAAAGAAAAAGGUACGUAGCCUAAUUUUACAUUUCAGAGCCAUGUUUGCUCGUUUUCCAGCCAUAGAGACUCGAAAUGUCAAGAAAAGGGAGGAGCUAAACACAUUUGUACUGCAUUUUGUUGUGAAAUUAGCUGUAAGCACUAUGUAAGUGAGCACAGUGCUUCACCUCGGACUCUUCUGUUUAUUUUUUACUCAAGCGUGUUGCUGUUACUUGAUAGAAAAAUGCUUUGUUUUUCUUCAUGUCCUGCUCAUUCUCCUCACACACUGUAACUUAUUCUGCUCGCAUAUUGUUAAGAGCAGUUUUUAUUUUGUUUUUACACAUAACCCCGGAAAAGAAAUGUUCCUCGUGAAACCAUUUAACCCACUGUUGUAGUGCACUUUUCACCGCAAGCAAGGCAUGAUGGGUUUUGCAGUUCUCUGCAAGGACUGCGAAGCCUGUAUGAUUGGCAGCCUUCCGCUCAUUUUUCCCUUCACACUACAUAUCCUUUAUCUGCUUAUUUAUAAAGUUCACGCGCAUUUAUUGAUCAGGCUUGCCUUUUCAAAGGACAUUCAGGAUACGUUGGACUAUUUCCCAGCCCUCAACCAUAGAACUGUACUGACAACUCCCCAGAGGAAGAAACUGUGGAUGACUUGAAGCGUGCCAAAUAUGAUUAGAAAUGGCUGAUGUUUGGCACGGUGUUCCCAAAGAGGAAGUUUUCUUAUGUUGAGGAACUGCAGAAGGCCAGCUUGAUGAGGUGGGUCUACUUACUUGUUGGAGAGCAACAACACUCUUUUACAAUUGGGACGCGCUUGCCUUAAAGGUCCCCUAUUAUGCACAGGAUGAUGUUCUAUGUAAUAUGUCUUCAUGAGCACCAAAUGGGAGACAAAUUUAUAAUCUCCCUCCCUUUAUGUCAUAAAAUAACACCACAACCUAUGUGUUGUUUUUUUUAUUUUUAUUUUUAAUUACAGCCAUCCCUCGUUUAUUGUAGUGAUUUGGUUCCAGACCCGAGCAUGAUCAGUGAAUUAUACUCUAUUCCUACUUUACUUCAUUCAGCCAUUGUUAUGCUUAAAUGCUUUGUUUGGCUAAAAAAAUAUGAAAACAAAUGUGUACAAUUUGCUUAAAUAUGCAUAUUUUAGCAAAUAUAGCAAGAGACGACUGUACAUCAAAUCCACAGGCUUCGCAACACAUCUUAAAGUCUGAAGCUCUGCUAACUGUCAGUCAGCUACGGACAUGGCAGCUGUAAGUUUGAUGGUGGUGCCGUCAUAGCGUUUAGCCAUUGAAAUUGCAACAUUUUAGUAUGUUAGCACACAUACUGUAGCUAUACUAGUGUUGCUAACGUUUGUGAUCCGGUCACGUUGCUCUAACUAUAAAAAUAUUCAAUUUAUUGACAUUGUAACCCUGUAUCGUGGAAAUUGAUUCAUCGCAGUCACGUCUGGAACCAAUAAACAAGGGACAACCGUAUAUAUAAAGUGCACAAUAGUGCUUCUUCGAGACAAACAUAACUCAUUAGCAUUAAAGCUACAGACACGCAAAAUGCCGCCCUCCCGGUAGGGCUUAAACAGGACUAGUAUCAGAGCUAGAUAUUGGACAACACGCAUUCAAAACAAUAAGUUCAAACUGGCAAAGGCUAGGAUACUAGGGGACCUUUAAGGACCAUUCCGUCCAUCCGUAAACCCCUCAACUGGCAGACAUGCACACACAAGCGGGUCAGUGGUUGAUUUAUUCUUUGUUUUGUUUGCAAAGCACCCGUCUUGCAUGCGAAAAUCAGUAUGUCAACAUCGACAAAGUAUCGAUAUAGAAUACUUAUAACCAAGCAAAAAAAAACCACACAUUAGCUUCUUAACUUUAUAAACUUUUCAUUUCCAAACGACGUGACUUAAGACGUCGGAGAGAAUCCAGGAAAUCUUUAAAAAAAAAAAAAAACGGUGCUGUUUUUCAUGUCCUUCCCGGGUUAUGGUUGUGUAGAAAAAGCGUUUUCACUGUGUGACGCCCGGCUAUGUUGUCCAAGAUGGCGUCCUCUUUCCUAUGAGAGGUGGCCAUCGCAGCCAGCCGAGACGCAGCCGGGCUUUCGUGAGGAGCUACCUUUUAGGAUUUUCUCUUUCAAGAAACAGUUCAGGGGUAAUAGGUGGCUAUUUUAUAAUUUAUGGCAAGUAUUUUAUUGUAGGAUAAGCUUUGCAUGUAUUUUUAAGGUAGCACGUGGAAAGGGGGAGGGGACAUUUGUUGGCCCAAAGCUUUUUAUUUCACAAACGCGUUCCUUUUUUUAUACCUUUUUAUUAAGAGUUUUUUUCCCCCAGCUGCUGCUGUUUUUUCUGUACAUCCACAAUAACCAAUCUUGUUUUUAAAAUGUAACAUGUAAGGUGUGUGUGUGUGUGUGUGGUCUGUUUUUGCUGAUAAUAAAAAUGCAGAGAAGCUGCAGCAUUUUAAAGAGACACUGUGUAGUAGAUUAGUCGGACAAGAGACUCAUCAGAGUAUGACUUUAUUGCUCAUUGUGCGCAUGAGUAACCUUUCUCUGCUGCAAGUCUGGCCCCAUAUGACUAGCCUACUGCCCUACUGUACGCUGUUGCUAGGCAGAAUACGCUCAGUGCCCUCCUGGGGGCCAUUACAAGAGCAGUGGUGUGAAAGGAGGAGACUGGCAGCUUUGAACG